AUGUUUGAUUCAAAGUUGGUGGAUUAUACAACCAUUCUUUUUGCCUCGAUAAAUUCCACUUUACAUGUACUUCUCAUGUGUUUUGUCGGUUAUGUGGCCGCCAAAUAUGGAAUGAUUACUUCAGAAAUCGAAAAG